CCUGGUUCUGAUCAAGUGAGUAAAUUCGUUCUUAAACAUCCUGACGUGAGGAGCAUAAUCACAAGAGCUUUAAUGGAUACCAAUGGAGAUGCUUAUAGAAUCGGCGACUCAAAAUGGGAUCACGGCCUCAGAUCUGAUGUCGUAUAUGAGCCUAUGCAUGUGUCUUUUGAUCAACCACCCAUUAUUGUAGAAGUACAAGCAACGGUUAACGCUGAUUUUAUGAACCGGGUAGCACACUACUGUAUUAUGGCGUAUCGCAGAUAUAAAGUAUUGCCUAUUUUGCUUAUAUUCAACACUCAAACUACAAGCAUAAAUACAAAUGAUAGAUCUAGCCUCAACAAGUUUAGUGCUCUGUCUUUAUCGUGCGAGUAUUGGGCGAAGAAAUGUUAUCUAGUCAACGCGAAGAGUGUUUCUUCUGAAACCAACAACGAGCUUCACCCAUUCACUGUAAUAGCAGUUUUUUUGAUAAAACAACAAACAUGUUUAUUGGAGAUCGAUCCUGUAACUCAAUUACUAUUUCAAAUAGCCAAGGAUUUUCUAGAACAGUCUAUCAAACACGAAACAGAGCUCUUAAAUACGUUAAUAAGUAUAUGUAAUAUUGGUAUCCAACAUUACGAAAGAAUAUUAAACACUACAGAACGUAUGCAAUACGACUCGCCUUCAUUACAAGAAGAAUCUGUUUCUGGAAUACAAAAGCUACAACAAGUAAAAAGACUUUUUGAGGAAGUGGAUACUGAAGAACCCUCUUACGAUACGACAGUUGGUAAAAGUGCAAAUGAAGAAAGAUACGAGAAUACUAUGAGGUUUGUCGAAACCUAUAAAUCAACUCGCAAACGCAUGAACUGGCGCGAUUGCUAUGCUCAACUUAAACAGAAAACCGAUGUUAUUAAAUACAAGAAUGCUGAAGUAUUGCGCGUACAGUACAACAGAUUCAAGAAGAAUGACUAG